GAAAGAUGCGUAUAUAGGAUAGAUCUGCAAUUUGCUAUAGUUGGGUAACCAGGUGCACAUAUAGUUAUAGCUUCUUCCGAAAUAGACUCGUCAUAGGCAGCUGCCCACCUCCGGUAUGGGUGGAGUAGAAAAUCGAAAUAUUAACAUUGUUCUUGCAGGUUCCUGGAUAGAGACUGGACUCCCAAUAAUAUGGUUCUUGAUUGUCCGAAUGAGAGUCAUUGGCAGCGACAAAACCCUGAAUGGUAUCGUAUCACCGAGGAUCUUCACCAGCAACUCGGGAGCCUCCACCUGCACUGCAUAACCUCCGAGUCAGUUUUUGUGUAACAUCAUGUUAGAUAUGGAACACGCGUCAGCUGAUAGUAGCCUCGUGUACAUAGAAACCAUCACCCCAGUAGCCUAAACAUCGCAAUUCCUGAAUUCAAUCGUUAUCGAUCUGAAUCCAGCUCGCACCUGCACCGCGGCGACAGUAAACGUCAAAAGAGGUAGAUCGUAUCCUUCCGUUUCUUCC